AUGUAUGGACGGAAUUGCCACGUCAUGCUUAGACGGGGUUUUUGCUCCGUCGAAUUUUCUCGUUUCGAUCUUCUAAUUUCUCCAAUUCUUCGUGCAAUCGAGAUGAAUCCAAAGGAUAGGAAGGGCAAAAGUAUUGCCAUUGAUGACGGCGAUGAGACGAUCGCUUCGAUCGCGCGUCAGAUGCGGUCCUCCACUCGUCCAGAGGGCUCCUCGGCGGAGCGAUCCAAGCAGAUGCGGCUGAGCGCCGAAGGAGGGCGGUGGUGGACGAAGCAGUGGCUGCUGCCGAGGCCGAAAGAAUAG